AUGUCGUUAUACUUAAGAAGUAUGCAAUUUUACAUCUUAGAAUUGCUGUUGGUUAUUGUUAUAACAUGCUAUGCAGAUGAAAACUGUGAGACGAUCCCCACUGAAAUUCAUGUAACGAAAGAGGAAUAUGAUGAAAUGGGCAGUUUGGUACGAUCGUGUAGCGGUGAAGUUACUGUCAACAAGUGUGAAGGAAUUUGUAAUAGCCAAGUGCAACCGUCGGUUGUUGCAGCAACGGGCUUUCUAAAGGAAUGUUACUGCUGCAAGGAAAAUUAUCUUAGGGAAAGAUUGGUGACACUCACUCAUUGUUACGAUUCCGAUGGGAUGAGAUUUGAAGAUGAAGAAAACGCAAUAAUGGAAAUUCGUUUGAGGGAACCUGCUGAAUGUAAAUGUUAUAAAUGCGGAGAUUAUAGCCGAUAAGAAUGAAACGACAUCAUAAAUACGACUUAAAAUGUUUAAUGAAUUGUGUUAAAACCAUGUCAAAGGAAACUAUUGUAAAUACAAAGAAAAUGAUGUUUGAAAUUGGUCAAGGAUUUAAAUUUUAUAUAAAUAAAUGA